AUGGUCCGCCCCGCCCCCUUCUGCCCUGCGACCUCCGCUGUGGAGUGCAAUCUCCGGUUAAAGCUCAACCGGAGCGGCCGGACGUUCUCUUCUGGAGCUCCGGACCCCGGACUCGGAGCCCGGACGCUGGGACAGGCUGCCCGCCGACCCCCCCCGCCAUGCGCGGGCCGCGACGCCACCCGUAGGUCCCGCCCGCCGCCCAGGGGACCCCCUAACGGCGCCGUCCCGAGGUCAAUGCCCAUCCGGGAGACUCCCCAGACCCACGGUUCCCAGAGGGACCCCCAGCUCCGCCCACCUGGCCCUGGGCCUCCGUGUUUGCGGCGACACGACCCUCGAGCACUGGAAGCCAGCUCGCCACGCAGUCUGUGCCAACCUCAGUCCGGAGCCCACAGGGCACGGCCCAAGAAGAUUGUGUUUGAGGACGAGCUGCCUCCCCAGGCUUUCCUGGAGACCAGGAGGCCUCUCGGAGCCACCCCUGGGGUUUAUAAACCCAGUCCCCACCCAUUGCCCGAUUAUGAGCUGAAAUACCCCUCCGUGAGCAGUGAGAGGGAGCGGAGCCGCUACGUAGCUGUGUUCCAGGACCAGUACUCGGAGUUCGUGGAGCUGCAGCAGGAGGUGGCCUCCGCACAGGCGGAGCUCCAUCACCUGCAAACUCAGCUGAACUCGCUGCCCCCACCCCGCAGCCAGAAGGAGGCCCAGGUCACUGCCCGAGUCUGGAGGAAAUUUGAGAAGAAGCAGAUGGACCCCAGGUUUCUAGACAAGCAGGCACGCUACCGCUACCUGAAAGGCAAAUUGAGGCACCUCAAAGCACAGAUCCAGAAAUACGAUGAGCAGGACAGCGAGGGCUCCGUCUACUUCUGAGCAUGCUGGCAGGCGGAGGGAAGGGCACACUCGAGUGGGGACCCCUCGUCCUGGCUUCUCUUUGGUUUCCCAUCUCGGAGUUUUCCUGUCUUCCCUCUGCCUGGAAUAGCUUCCCUUGGCCGCACUACGUUGUCACAAAGCUUUGAAGAUCUCCAGGUAGUCAGCCUUCCCAGGACCACCUCUGGGACCCUGGGCCCAGACUCUAACUCAGCACUGUCCCCCCCGCCCCCAGCUCUCCAUCGCAAUGAAGGAAAUGGGUAUUAAACGUUGACUGUAUGCA